GCGGAGUCUGUCUAUGGCUCUGACUGACAGGUACGGAAGUGAAGAUGACCGCGGCCCCGAGACUCCUCGGGAGACUCUGCUCAUGCGCAGAAGGAUGCUAAUCACGCUGUGUUACCUGUACCUGUGGGUGCGGUUCCAGCGCUGCUACACGGCCGUGAUCCGCCGGGCUCUGGAGCGGCUGAGCGGGGGCCGGAGGAGCCUGAGCUUCCGGGAGCUGGACCGAGAGCCGAGCGCCGGAUCCCCGCAGAGCCCGAGCGACGCCGCGCUGUUCCUGGAGCUCGGAGACAAGGGCGUUUACAUCAGCGAGCCGCAGGUGUGUGAGGACCUCAGUAAGUGGACUCUGCUGGGCUCUUCGCUGCUGUGUGGCCGGCGGAUAGAAAGCGUGGCCUUCAUCAUCGAGGCGUCGUCGAGACGGAGACUUCCAGAGGCUUCACACAGCAGUCAGACUGUGCUGAACUGGUCGGAUUACUGUCUCCCGUUGGCCUGCAGUCCGGGUCAGCCGUACCGGGCCGUAGCCGAAGCCAGCCUGGAGAACUUCAGCCGGCUCGGCGUGGCCUUUAUGGAGGAUCGUCUGUGUAUGGAAAACGGGCUCAUUCCUGAAAAGAUAGUGUCCGUGUCCCUCAAAGAGUCUGCGCUCACACACCUUCUGGAGAAGAGGAGCCUCCAGGCCAAACGUCUGAGCGAGCCGGUGCUGUCCACAACCAGCCGUCAGGAGGAGCCGGAGCUCCCGUCGGGUCACCGGCACAUGGAGGGACACCACCUGCACCUGUCCAGCUGCCACGAGUGCCUGGAGCUGGAGAACAGCACCAUCCAGUCGGUCCGGUUCGCCUCCGCCGAGAACAUCCCGGACCUGCCGGUUGACGGAGUCGAGAACGUCCCAGAUCUCCCAGACGAGGAGGAGAACGCUCCAGACCUGCAGGACCCCGAGAGUGUGCGGCUGAGGUCCGGCGGGAAGCCUCCUAAUGUACUGGUGUUCACGGGCGGCUGUGACCUUCAGUACCGCAGGAUCCGCUCGCUCCUGACGGAGGUCCUGGACCCGGAGCGCUACACCAUCUACCCUCUCCGCCCGCAGCCGGCGCUGAGCGAGCCCUGGUCCGAGAACACACUCCUGCUGGUGCUCGGCACCGGCCCGCUCACGCCUCAGCUGAUCCUGGUGUUCCUGGCGUUCCUGAGCCGGGGCGGGCGUGUGCUGGGCCUGUCCUGCUCCCUGUGUCCCGCUGGAGUGACCCUGAGGCCCCGGGCCCCGCCGGAGGAGCAGAUCUGCAGACUGAGCUUCACCCGGGCCGACGGCACCGAGCUGCGCAUGAGUGUGGUGUCCAGCGGGAGUGUGUACGAGCGUGAGGAGGGUGCGGGCGAGGUGGAGCUGUGGGGGGAGAUCACGGAGCAGGACCAGCCAGAGAUGGCCAUCGUGCGCUUGACCCACGGGCCCGACAGCGGACAGGCCAUUCUGUGUCAGGUGCGUUUGGAGGCGGAUCCAGAUGUUCAUGAUGCUCAGGGUUUCUCAGAGCUGAAGUUGAGCAACUCUCUUCGCUACGAGGUUCUGACGGAGAUCCUGAGGACUCUGGGUCUGAGCUGUGAGCGGAGCACUGUGCCCACACACACCCCGAUAUACCUGCUCCACACACACCAGGAGCAGAAGCACCGGCUCCUGCAUUGCUUGACGGGUGGGUCGGGAGUCCUGAAGCUUCGGGCCGGAGCCGAGCCGGAUCUGGGAGAGCGAGGGAGUGUGUGUGUGAUAAACACUGAUCCUCCCGAGAGCUUCUCUGAACACUUCAGCCUGCACACGUACCGGCAGCACCUGCGCACACACACACUCGGACACACACUCGUCUAUGCCGACGUCACCUCCUCCACCAUGGACCUGCUGGACGGACUGGUGUCGCAGUUGCCACAGGAAGGGUUAAUCGCCAUAGCAGCGCGUCAGACUCAGGGCAAAGGCCGUGGAGGGAACGCGUGGUUGAGUCCUCUGGGCUGCGCCAUGUUCUCUCUCCACCUGCAGAUUCCUCUGAACUCUCGACUCGGACAGAGACUCCCGUUCCUGCAGCACCUCGUGGCCCUCGCUGUGGUGGAGUCUGUGAGAACACUGCCCGGAUACGAGAACGUGGACCUGCGGUUGAAGUGGCCCAAUGACAUCUACUACAGUAACCUGAUGAAGCUGGGCGGGGUUCUGGUGAACUCCAGCCUGACGGGUCAGAGCUUCCGGCUUCUGAUUGGCUGCGGCUUCAACGUGACCAACAGCAACCCGACGGUCUGCAUCAACGACCUGGUGCGUCUGCAGAACCGGGAGCAGAACCGCAGUCUGGAGCCGCUGGAGCCGGAGCAGCUCAUCGCCCGCGCCGUCACACUGCUGGAGCGCUUCGUCUCGGACUUCCAGCUGCGCGGGUCGGACACACUGCUGCCGCUCUACUACAGCCGCUGGGUGCACGGGGGCACGCGUGUGCGUCUGUGGAGUGAGGACGGGCCGGAGGCCGAGGUUCUGGGUCUGGAUGAGAGCGGUUUUCUGCAGGUGUCGACAGGAGAUCAGAUCGUGACGCUGCAGCCGGACGGAAACUCCUUCGACAUGAUGAAGAACCUCGUGGUGAUCAAGAGUAGAUGAAGAGCAGAGGACGACUCGCAGCUGGAACGUCUGCCUCCAGACCGAGAGAUGAUGACGGGACUCAACCAGAACAAAUGUGAAUCUUUGACACUGACAUUUCUUCAGAAUAACAUUUAUUCUGUCAACAGCCAUUGACCUUUACACUCAUGUCCUCCUGCAGAUGGACUUAAAUAUGAGCAAUAUUGCCCUCAAGUCUCAUUCAGAGUUUAAAGUGACAGAUUACAGACACACACAUCGCAUCACACUCAUUGAUUCGAAUUGGUAAAGCAGAAAAACGACGAGGUUUCUGUGAUUCCUCCCGUGAAGACUUCCUGCUGCCGAGGAUCUGAGGAGUGUGUGUGUGUGUGUGUGUGUGUGUGUGUGUGUGUGUGAGAGGCUAUUGCUCCGAGCACUGAGCUUACAGUCUAACAAACACUCGCUCUCUCUGACUGACACUUGUUAAAACUUUUCAUUGUUAUUUCUCUUUAGAUUUCAAGGUGAUUUGUUUGUUCAUAAAUCAGGUUGUGUUAAAUCUGUCUAUCACUCAAUAUUUUGUCAUGAUUCAUGGUUUGUAAACUGAUAUAUGGAUGAUCGCUUUUAAAGAACACAUUCCUGAAUCAUACAAAAUGAAAUAAAAUGAUUGUUACUGA